GCCAUCUGCGUUUGUUUUGAUCAGCUGCUGUAACCCGUGAUUAUUCAGCAAUCAGGAAAUAAAUUUGUACCAUAAAUCAAUUGUGAACUCUAUCACUGAUUUAUUUUACACAGCAUAAAAUGAAGUCAGAAUUACAAUGAAGUCUGCUAAGCUAAGGGUGCCCUCUAAACUGCAUGCCACAGGUUUACGCAAAUGCUAUUUUAAGUUCCUUUUGUGUUAAAAAUGGCUCGACCUGCUGACCGAAUGAGACUCAAAGACAAAAUCAUCGAUAAUAUUUCCAAAGCGAUUAAAUCGAUCCAGGAAUUGAUAUUUUAUCAAUCAAAGGAUCCUGUACUGUCAGCAAGUGGGGGCGAGCAGCUAGGGGUUACUUUAAGCAAUGGAGAUCGACCGUGUCAUAAAUUGUGUGAACACUUGGACCAUGCACUUCUUCAUGGACUAAAACAAGUUACGCAUGGAUACUGGCGUGUAGUGAAGCAGCUGUCACACAAAGGAAUGGUUCGAGAUAUUGAUAUGCUUAUCAAUGUAACAACAGAUUUGGGACGAGGUCGAGCAUGGAUGUUUGCUUCAUUGAACGAGGGUCUGCUAGAGAGCUACAUCAAACUACUGGGAGACAGCACCAAGUUGUUGAAGAAAUAUUAUGAUAAAGAUGCUUUAGUCCUUGAUGAAGAUAGGAUGAACAGGCUCCUAACAUUGGCUUCAGGCCUAGAGUGUGUCACAUUCAGGCUGGAGUAUGACUUGCCCUACCUUGACCUGAAUGCUUACCCACCUCGAAGCAGGACGGACAGUGAGCAGGAGGGAGAUGUUUUCACCUCAGUGCCAGACAGUGGUGGACGUGUCAGGACUGGCAGCUUAAGAUCAGCAUCUGAGUUUUUUCCAAGCUCACCUGACUCAUAUCGACUGCCCAGUGACUCUGACUCCGCUAGCACAGCAAGCUUGGACACUCAUGUGCAGUCUGAAAGUGCUCUUCAAAUGCGCGCUAGCACCUACUCUUCUGACUCUGGCUUCCCCAGUGAAGCAGCCUCUAGCAAGCAGCGCAGCGUGACUCCGACUGACGUCUUUGUCAACACACGACGCAGCGGGACACCAAGCGACACCCUGUCGCUGGUGUCAAUCGGAUCUGAACCCGACCGCCACCAGAGGCUGGAGAGUAUCCUACCAGCCUACAACGAAGACGCCGACGGAAACACAGAAUCUCUUGAGGUUAUUCGCGUCGUCAAGAAUAAAAAGGCUUCAAGCAAUAAAACAAAGAAGAAAAAGGUCGGAUCACACAAGAAAGAAACCACAGAGAAGAAUACAGUAACAACUGAAAAGGUGGAAUCUGUAACUCCUAUUCAGGUUGAUGUAGAUACAUCUAGUCAGUGUGUUCAGAAUACGAAACAAGAUGCAGAGAUUGAUACUGUGAGUGGCAGUAAAGAUGUACAGAUGGUGAAUGGGUACAAAGCUGACUGUGAUAGAAGUCAUAUCCCCCAGUAUGACUCUGGGGUGGAUAUUUGUGGGCUAGCGUCUGAUGUUGAGAAACAGGAUGUGUCGGUCUCAGACGCAGCCGUGGCGCCUGCUGCACAAACAGCAGACAGGCCGGAAACAGCAAGCCAGCCUUCAGCGUUUUCUCAGAUAGAGAGUAAAAUUGCAGAGCUUUGCGCAGUAAAAACUGUUCCAUCUAGUCAAAACCAUGUGAACUCUGAGGUUAAAAAACAGAAUGGAUCUGACAAUAAACAAGUUAGUAAACAAGAUAAAAAUGUACAGCACGCAAUGUCAUCCACACCUCCCAAACCUGUAGACUCUACAUCUCAGAAUGGUCACCAUGACCCAGACAGCAAGAAGGACAUUGGUCACUCAGAGAGCUUAUCCAACAGGAAAUUGGAGAAAGAAGAAGUUAAAAAGUCUGACCAAGACGAGGAUUUUGAUUUUUAUUCUGUGAAAAGAAAAGAGGGAAGUGAGAGCAAGCGAGAAUUUGUGAACUCUCACUCUGUCUCUAACAUGCAGGAUUACAUGAACUACAUUCUCCAACCCGAGUCCCCACCAACUUACACAGAAUGUGACCAACCAACGCCAUACAACAAGCUAAUAGAUCUACAUGUUGACCUGGACAACAACUCCAAACUUCAGAUCAUGCUGGAUAUACUCACGCACGAGGAUGAAAAAUUUGUCAAGAUGUUUGCCACCAGAGAGAACCUGAUAGAAGGCGACGCUGGCAUUGUGUACGUCCUCGUGUCAGACCAGUGUCUCUACCUGCUCAAGUACAGGGCAGCGGCUCGCAAGUUUCAGCUCCACUCAUCUGCCCUCUUGGUGGAUCUCAUCUUUAUCAGUACUGGCUUGAAUGAUCAGACAAUGAACAUUGAAAGCCGUGGACAAAACAAACAGAAGCAAAGGCUGUGGAUUACACCAGGACAUCAACAGCUCACUAAGGCAAUUUUGGCCUGUCUGACUGAACAAGUGAAACUAGCAACUGAACACAUCACAUCUGGAAAAUCAAGAUUCAGUGUUGGGAGUGAAGUCCCCUUGCAGAAAAUUGCACUCAGGAAAUAUAUUUCUAAAGAGCUGACCUGUGAGAGCACAGAUGUAACCAUUGACGACUACUCCCUGGUCUUCUGGGAAGAUCCUUCUUCAGGAGGGAAACGUAACUCUGACACAGCAUACAAGGAAGGGACACUACUCCUACAGACACAGGACCCUGUUAAAGGUCUAAUAUGGAAGCCAGUUUAUGUAGUUUUAAAGAACUCCAUGUUGACAGUUUCCAACAACAAGUCUGACCUCCGACCCCAGUCCUACCUCGGGCUAGGUGGUGACCAGUGCGUGGGGUGCCGGCUGACCUCCCAGGGUGACCGCAGCCACUGUGUGGAGCUGAUCAUUGCUAAAGGUGGCAGCUGGUUCCUGGCGGCGGCCACGGAACAUGAGAUCUCAGACUGGAGGAACAUGCUGUGUCUGGCUGUGUCCCUGGGAACUGUACACGAUGACACCCUGAGGACAUGUGUACCCUGCUGUGCUGUGCUGGCCUGUGCCAAUUUGUUCUUGUGUCACGAGGACCUCCAGACCAAAUUCUUCCGAACACUGGGGCGGGCCCAGGUGGUGGAUGUGACCAGUAUAAGGAUUGAUGAGGAGGACCCCACUUACUGUGUCAUUGAGUUUGAGUCUCAAGAAGCCAGAGUCUCCAGCAAUGAGUGGGUUUUUUACUUUGCUUCAGCCCAGGAUUUGGACAGGUACAAAAGUGCAAUAUGUAAAGCCUGGAAGGAAAUAUUUCUGGUAGAGCUUCCAAUCCUGCCACUUGAUAAAAUUGGCCUCCAGAGGAACUGUCACUCUCAUUCACAACAUCUGCAGCAGCAGCUCUGCUUCAGGUGACCAGUGGCUAUUUAUAGCUUGUGCAUCAGGUGACCAGUGGCUAUUUAUAGCUUGUGUAUCAGGUGACCAGUGGCUAUUUAUAGUAUUUAUAGCUUGUGCAUCAGGUGACCAGUGGCUAUUUUUAACUAUUGUAUCAGAUGACCAGUGGCUAUUUCUAAGUUGUACAUCAGAUGACUAAUCGUUAUAUUGAACGGAUAAAUUAGACCAGUGACUCUGUAAACAGAUAUGCUUAGAUGGCCAUUGUUUACAUGAACUUUGCUUUGUGAUGAGGUAUUGCAGCUGAUCAUUGGAUAUGUCAAAUGUUUUGCUUUAGCUGAUCAAGUUGUAAUGUGAAGCUCAGCUUUAUAUAUUCAAUGGGCUUUAUGAACAGACGUAUAUUAGAUUACCAUUUGAUCCCAGUCAUGAAGAAAUUAUCAACAUUCAAGGUUUAAUUUUUUUGUAAAUUUUCAGUUUGUGCCUGCUAAAAUUGUGAAUGAUUGUGGAUGUUUUCUCAUGUUGUAUGUAGAUCUUGUGACAUUCAUUGUAUGAAUGUCAAGCUUAUACUUUUUAUCAUGUGACUAGUCAUGUGACUCUCACAUCACUACUGAAGUAUAACAGUUUAAACAGCUGAAUGACAAAGAUUCUUUGGCAGGUUCACAUUACAACAAAUGCUGUCUGGCAACUCAGCAGCUUGGUUUAGUCUUCAUAACUUGUACACAAAAAAUCUGCCCAUAAUUCAUAAUUUUUAUAUGAUUUUUAUGGAGUGACUUGAUCAUGACAACAUUUGUUAAGGGUAAUUUUGAAUUUGACUCCUGAUUGUGUGCUUGAUUGUUCUGUUGAACUAGAUUUGUAAAUUUCAAGAUAUUUCUAAAAAUGUGUGAUCUACGGUGUAAUACACUUUAAUGUAGGAAAUAGAAACUAUUCUAAGAAAAGUGUGGAGAUUAUCACAGUGAACUCCGUUGUGUGCUACUAACUCUAAAAAAAAUGUUGUUGAUCUUUUUUCAGUCAUUGUUUUACUAUAAGUUUUUAAAUUUUUUUUUUCAAAAAGGGUAUGUUGCAAUAUUUUUUCUGACUUGCUGAAAUAAAAAUAAGAGUAAAUCAUCUGCCUUUAGUGGUAAAAACAGUUCCGUUUUGUUUUUUUUUCUUAAUAAUAUGUGCUAAUGUUUACCUGAUUUGUAGGUAAAAGCUCAACCUAGCUAUAACAGUGUAUCAAUAAUAUUUUCACACUUUAAAAGUGACAUUUUUAUUCACCUUGUGUUGUUAAUUUUAAAUUUAUUUUUAAAUUACUAUUUGUAGUGAACCUUUUGAAAGUGGUAAAAACUUGGGUAAACAGCUCACAAUGCUCAGUGUAUCAUUUAUAGUUUCAAUUUUUUAAAUUUUGCAUAGCUUUAGAGAACAGUUUAUUACAUUUUGUAGCUUUAUUUAUUUAAUAUUUUUUACACUUUAAAAUUGUAUCCUCACGUUUGUUGACUCUUUGCAGUCCUAUACUGCAGUGAUCACCUGAGAAUUUUCUUUUGUGGAACAUUCUAAUGCUUCCACAUUUGCCCAAACUAUGUUUAGUACUUUACAGAUAGUUACUGAAGUCUUGCAGGUAACAAAAUUUUAGCGGAAGUGGGAAAAUAAAUAGUUAUAUUUGAAUUGUUUUUCUUGUACUAUAUCUAGCAGUUUCUUUUUUACAAAUUUUUUUAAAGUUAAGAAUUUUUAUUUUAAAAUAAGGUUAAUAUAGUUAGUGAAAUUAGAGCUAAUUAAAACACCUCCACUGGUGAAUGGGUUUAUUUAUGAUGUAGCUAAUACAUUGAAAUUGAAAAAGAAAUUAGUACCAGUACAUUGAAUUUUUCUGUAUAAAGCUUUUUGUUUUAUUUUUUAAUUAAUUAUUUUUUUUAAAGUGCCAUGGUUGGAAAACUUGUAUUUUUGCUUAGCCAUAUAGGAAGUGAAAUUGUUUUAUGCCCAGA